CUAUGUGCAAUGAGUUAGUGGUGUUAAUGGAGUCAUAGGAUGAGGCAUCAAACAUGAGAGGCAACGGCAAUGUUACCUUAAGAUAAUACCGAUGAUGUGUCCAAUCUUUUGCUUAAAAAUAAAUAGAUGGAGAACAACAAAAAAUAUCUCCAUAUCAAAUUCCCUCUAUAAAUGUGGCUUGAUUUUUCCCUAAGUUGUCUGAAACCCACCAAGAAGCUCAUUACCCCAAUUCUCUUUUCCUUUUGAGUCUACAUUAUUGAGUAACAAUGGCAGAGAAAAGCAAGAUAUUGAUCAUAGGAGGGACUGGCUACAUCGGGAAGUUCAUAGUGGAAGCCAGUGCCAAGUCCGGCCACCCAACCUUUGCUUUGAUCAGGGAGGAGAGCAUGGCUUCUUCUUCUUCAAAUCCAGCCAAAGCCAAACUCAUCCAGAGUUUUAAGAACUCUGGUGUCACCUUACUCCAUGGGGAUCUGUAUGAUCACCAGAGUUUGGUGAAGGCUAUCAAACUGGUUGAUGUGGUGAUCUCUACUGUGGGUCAUACCCAGUUGGCAUUGUUGGCAGAUCAAGUGAAUAUCAUUGCUGCCAUCAAGGAAGCUGGAACAGUGAAGAGGUUCUUCCCUUCCGAAUUCGGGAAUGAUUGCGAUCGUGUUCAUGUUGUUGAACCGGCGAAAACUCUACUAGGGAUCAAGGCUCGAAUUCGCCGGACCGUUGAGGCUGAAGGGAUUCCCUACACCUAUGUUUCUUCCAACUUCUUCGCCGGCUACUUCCUUACCAAUUUGUCACAGCCCGGUGCCACUACACCUUCCAGAGACAAAGUUGCCAUCUUAGGGGAUGGAAAUCCCAAAGCAAUUUUCAACCAAGAGGAAGACACUGCCACCUACACGAUCAAAGCAGUGGAUGACCCAAGAACCUUGAACAAGAUCCUCUAUGUCAGACCACCAGACAACAUUUACUCUUUCAAUGAACUCAUAUCCCUAUGGGAGAAGAAGAUAGGAAAGACCCUUGAAAGGCUCCAUAUUCCAAAGGAGGAACUACUCAAAAACAUCCAAGAGGCUCCUAAUCCAGAGAAUCUGACUUUGGCAAUUGGGCACUCAGUUUAUGUAGAGGGAGAUCAGACAAACUUCAAGAUAGAACCUUCAUUUGGGUUGGAGGCAUCUGAACUUUAUCCUGAUGUGAAAUACACCACUGUGGAUGAAUACCUCAGUCAGUUUGUGUGACAGUCAUGAACUCUUCUUCCAAAUAGUAAUGUUAGGUAUUGUUCAAUUUGCUUGGUAACUACUAAUAGAAAAAAUGUUGGGAGAGUGUUUUAGGUGUUGCCUGAGAGAGAAUUUGUGGUUCUUGUUUGAUUUCAGGUAGAAGAUGUUAUAGACUUUGGGAAUUUGAUAUGAAUGAGACAAUGAUAGUUUGGUGGGCUAA